AUACUUUUUACUCAGAUAACGUACGAGCAUCGUUAACAACAGUCAGGACUGUUGUGCUGUAAAGUUGUGCUAUCACGGCUGGAUUAAGUGUACAAUGGGCAGGAUGAAAAGUUAUCUACUUCGCUUCUUGUUGCUAACAGUUGCCACUUCAACAAUUUUUGCAGUUCUCUGGCAUAUCAGCACCAUCACCUCAUUGCAUCGAUUACCACAAUCAAAUAUAUUUGCCGAAACUGAAUUUGUCUCAGUGACUGAAAUAUCAUUUGAAGAUUUUAAUAACGAGACUGGUACCAAAAAUGAUACAUAUAUAGUUCCCAACAUUAUUCAUUUUCUACGAUUCAAACAGGAAAAUUUCUCCUUUGUUGAUGCAGUCUGUGUGCUGUCUGCUUUCAAAAACCAUCGUCCUGACAAAAUAAUGUUCCACACAGACGUCGACGGUUUCAUUGGUCCUUACUGGGAAAAGGUGAAGAAUACACCAGGUAUAGUGUACGAAAUACGGAGGGUUGUUCUACCGGAUGAAAUUUUCGGACAAAAAUUCAGUGAAGACUAUCACCUCUGGCACGCAGGUGACGUAACGAGGAUCAAAAUCCUCAUGGAACACGGAGGAAUAUUUCUAGAUAAUGACAUCUAUGUCGUACAGAGUCUGGAAAAAUUUCAGAAGUUUGAAAUGACAAUCGGCUGGGACGAAAAUCAAUGUAUAGGUACUCAGGUCUUAAUAGCCAACAAAAAUGCUAGGUUUUUGCGUCUGUGGUUGCUGUCCUACAGAAAGUAUUACCCAGAUAAAUGGUAUUACAAUGCAGGGUGUAAACCGACCGAAGAAGUGUUGUACAAGAGACCGGAACUUGUUCAUCGCGUCAAACUUCUAUUCGGUGUACACAUGCUAGUGCAUAAUCUGUACAAGACAAUGUGGAAAGAUUGGCGCAAACAGUACACGGUACAUUUGCUAAUGCGACAUAGAUCAUACCUUGACAAAGAACAUCUCGAUAAAUGGCCAAGUUUCGAUGAGAAUAAUAUUAAGGAUUAUCCUAUGACAUUCGGUGAGAUGGCCAAGGAGGUGUAUGGUAUUUCUUAACAUUAAACAACCUAGAAUUAUCCAUAACUUUUAAUGAAAACAUCAAAUAAUAUCAUUUGAAAUCCGGUGAGAUACCAGUGUUAUGUAUAUUUCCAAGUUUAAAAAGAAACCCGAGGACAUUGCUGCCAGGUGAUUAUGCUAUUUCAUUGCCUGGCUAUUUUAAGUGACAAUACUGCGUAAUUACUCGACUAUAACAUUUUAAAAUAAUUCUUUUUACAUAUUUUCUGGCUAUAAGAACUGUAAGGACAGUAGAAAAUCUUCAACUACGCAGUUACAUGUAUAUAAUCUCUUUGGUUUGUCUGCGUUGUGCACCCAAAUACCACCAUUAAAAGUAGGAUUUGAGGUUUAUACGGCGGUGAGUCCAAAGAUGGCUUUCGUCUCAUCUCCUGAUGAUGGAGCUAUCAAGGACCUCUGAAAUGUUACUAGAUUUCUACUAGACUACGCGACGCAACAAACCAGAAGACAGCAAUCUUACCACCAUUCCAAAUGGUAAUACCAAACUUCGUUAUUUAGUAAUCAAAAUCGACAAUGAUAGGAUGAUGAUAAUUUGUAAAUGUUAGUGAAUUACGAAAGAGUUAGCGAUUAGUUUCAUUAUAAAACUUAUCACUUGCAGAAAGAAAUGCAGAAAUUUCUCGAAAGCUUCAGUGGUUCGUAACGUUUCUGAAAACCACCAUACACAGCCGCCUGCAACGUAAUCUUUGAAAACGACGCUUCGAUGCUGUUUACCCGGAGUACAGAGUACAACUCUUUUGAAUCUGCCUUCCAGCGCGGCUGACGGAUAUAAACCCGCGGAAAUCAUGAGACCUAUGUGCCGAUAUACCACUUUUAUACCUGUUUUGGAGGAAGAAACUUUUUCUCGUUCUGCUAAGCCAACUCUCUGUCUUCUACUAUCUGUCUGUUGUUUAUUUAAUGACGAUGUUAUUAGUUCAGAAAAUGUAGCGUCGAAUAACACGGUGAUUAAUGGCAAUUUAAUUGGAAAAGAUAUGGAAGAAAUCGUUCAUGCACUGAUGUUCGAUACUAUUCCAGUAUUUUCGUACAGGGACCAUGGAUCAUCAACAACAGUUAGAGUUACAGAAUUUACUAUUUUCUGGUUGUUCUUUAUUAAUAAAUUUAAUUUAUCAUCUUCUAUAAGAAUUUAAACAAUAAUGCGUGUAAUUAGAAGUUUACUUUCUCAUAUAGCCUACGUUAUUACUAAUCUUCCUAACGCAUUUAUUUCAGUAGUGGAAGAGAGAUUAGUAGGUUGAGAAACACUUGAGAAAGUGAAUGGAUCCCCGACUUCUGAUAUUUAGUUGGAAACGUCCAUACAAAUCACCAUGUGUGUCAUUAUCUGCAACUUAUCUGAACAGAAACAUAAAAAGUCAAUGAUGGACAGGUGAUAGGCGAUAAGUGAUUAUGGUUGGAUUUGUUGCCAGAAAUGUGUGAAGUGGUUCUUGUCUAAUCACGAUUAUCGGAAAGCCAUAUUUUUAAGUUUCAGAAUAAAAUUAUAACAAAGUCAGUGGAUUUCAACCUUUCUUGACAGAGUGAACGAGUAAUAUUCUAUGACAAGCCGAAACAGCUUCACACACUUGUGUUCUUUGCAGGAAUACGAGUUCACCAAUAAAGCAGUUUUAAAAUAUGGGGACUACAAUGGAGAAGGUCUAAGCCUUAACUUCUCCGUUGUUAAGGCAGGCUAGGUUUAAGACAGGAGAGGUUGUUGGCCUGCAUAUGUCCUGAAUACCCUUAUCUGAGCAAGCCAUUGUGUGGCUGGAUGUUAAGCCUAGGUUAUUACAUAGGGUCACAGUUCAACUGACAUACUAAGCAGCAGUCGUAUUUAUUCCUUGCAACGACCCUAUGCUUCGAAAACAAGCAGAGAAGUGCCCGUCGAAAAUAAAUUCAAGUGUCAUACAACCAAACGAAUUGUUUAUGGAUCCAAAUUUAAAAAUAAAACCACAACUUUUACAUUCA